GGUGAGAAUUACGUUAAAUAUUACAGCACGAUCACGUGAUUAUCCGUUACCAUGGAUGCGCAGCCUUUUCCGAGACGCUUUUGGUGCUGAUGAACUUUCCACUAGCAUGUGUUCCCAGUUGUCUGUGUAAUACCGCUGCGGUAGUAUGGGAAAAAUGAAGAAAAAAGACAGCAAAAAGGGAGAGAGGGAGAGAUCUGCACAAGACACCCCUGAGGAAUGCAGCUUUAAGUUAUCUCCAGUUUCCAUCACUCCAUCUGAAGAACAACAUUCCCAUUCCUCUUCCAUGAAAUCCAUUCCCCAGGAAGAACACAUGAAGCAGACUGAACCUCCUGUUGUGACUCCUGCAACAGAUGUGUAUGAAGAACCUGUGCUAACUCAACUUAUUGUUGAAAAAUAUGAAGGAGAAUUGCUAAAUGGAUUGUAUGAAGGGGAAGGUGUUGCAUAUUUUAAAGAUGGAAAUAUUUAUAGAGGAAUGUUUUCUGAAGGGAUGAUGCAUGGCAAAGGAAAAUACACAUGGAAAGAUGGACUGACAUAUGAGGGAGACUUUUACAUGAACUUUCCCAUGGGACACGGUAUAUAUAAAUGGUCUGAUGGCAGCCAAUAUGAAGGAGAAGUGUAUAAGGCAAUAAGACAUGGGCAUGGCAUUUUCACAUCCAGUAAUCAGAAGGUUUCGUAUGUUGGAGACUGGCAUAAAGGCACUCGGCAUGGGAAGGGAGUUAUUUACUAUAAUAAAGAGGGAACCUCAUGGUACGAAGGAGACUGGAUAUCUAACAAGAAGGAGGGCUGGGGAGUGCAGUGCUUUAUCUCUGGCAACAUUUAUGAAGGUCAAUGGAAAAACAAUAUAUUUCAUGGGAUGGGGAAAAUGAGAUGGCUGACAUCAAACGAAGAGUAUGCAGGGCAGUGGGAAAACGGCAUCCAGAACGGCUCUGGUACCCACACUUGGUUUUUACGGAGGAUUCCAGGUACACAGUACUCGCUGAGGAAUGAAUAUGUUGGAAACUUUGUCAAUGGCAUACGCCAAGGGCAGGGGCAGUUUUAUUAUGCAAAUGGUGCUAUGUAUGAUGGAGAGUGGAAGAAUAACAAGAAACACGGACUGGGAAAGUUUGUGUUUAAGAAUGGGCAGAUUUAUGUUGGAGAGUUUGUGGAGGAUCAGAUAGCCGAGUAUCCGAAUUUCAAGUACGAUCGAGUGAAUACUCCAGAUCUAAGUGGCAUCCGGACACAGAGUUCCAUGAAUUUGGCAGGAAGUAGUACAUCCAGAUACAAUACUGGCAUUCCAAGUUUAGCAGGGUCUUAUAUUGAGCUUGACUUAUCAGCACUAUUAUACUCAUUCCCGGAGGAGGACAGGCAAGAAGAACUGAAGCAGGUGGAAUAUGCCGUUCUACGGAACCUCACUGUCCUGCGUAAGAUCUACAAAUUGUACAGCCAGCUGGGAAGUGAUGGCUCCCCUGACAAUACCCUUCUCAUGACAAAGCUGCAGUUCUGGAGGUUUCUGAAGGAUUGCAAGUUUCAUCACUACAGUAUCACACUUUCGGAAAUGGACCGUAUCCUAACCGUAGAGAAUACUGAUGCUGAAGAGGUUCAUUCGCCCCAUUCCACAAUGCUUCUUCGAACCUUUUUGACUAAUAUUAUCUACUUGGCAUACCACAUCUGUCAAACAGAAAACCAAGAGAAGAACAUGUCCCUUGCUGACUGCUUUACUAAAGUCAUGGUGCAGAAUAUACUUCCCCAUGCAACUAAUAUCAAAGGGUUUCUAUUUCCUGAUGCUCAGAAGGCUUCCUACGCCAUUUCUUAUAUUGAAAAGUCUUGGCAUAUCUACAGAAUCUACUGCAUGCCAAACACUUUCCACCCCUAUGAACCGACCAUGAAAAUGAGGCACUUUCUGUUGCUAAUGAAUGAUUUAAAAAUCACAGGACUGACAGCUACAAAUAUUGUUGACAUUUUGGCAGCAGAUGACCCAUGUGUGCGUAUUGACCAGGAAGUGAACCUGGAAUUGGAGCUAACGUUUCUCGAGUUCUUUGAGGCGCUCCUUGGCUGUGCUUCCAUAUGUGUUACUGAAGAGCAGAUAAAGCAGUCAGAGAGCGAAUUGUUGAAGAGAGAAGAGUCUCAGGGGAGCUCGAUUGGGGAAGUCACAGCUUAUCUAAAAGAAGGCCAACCAGAGCAUGCUUUUCAGCCCCAAGCUGACAUACCGCAGGACCUCUUUCUGAGAAGCUCCAUGAACCUUAAGGAUAAGAGACAGAGCCCACCUAUUCCAGUCUCUUCUAUAAAGAAGCAGCAGAGAGAGGCCAGGGCAGAGAAGUGGUUCCAUCAGACUGACAUAUUUUUCCUGAAGAAGUUCUUUCCAGCACAUGAACACAAAGAACGACUGAAGGAAGAAAUUCCCAAAAUCAGGGAGAAGCAGGCUGAAGAAGCCAGACGACAGCAGAUUAGAGAAGAGGAAGAAGCAAGGCUUAAAGCAGAAAGGGAGGCAGAAGAGGCCAAAAGGGUUGAACAGGAGUUGUUGGAAAAGGCCAUGGCUGCAAUGGAAGCAGAACAGGCAGCAAAGGCACAAGAAGAAGAACAGAAAAGUCCUCAGCCUCCAGUCACUCCUCAUGAUGACGCUAUCAUUAUCCCACCACCAUCUGGCACAAAGACUGCAACUGCAAGCAAAAAGAAGAGAAAAUAAGGCUUUCAAAUUAUGGCUCUAGAGCACCUAAAAUAUAAAAUGUUAUACAUAAUAUAUAUAUAUGCAUAUAUAGAAAUUUUACCCCGUGUGGGGAUUAAGUCCUUUCUUAGCCGCCCCUUAUCCUGCUUAUGGUACAACACUGGGAACCGGGAUCAUUUGGUGCAUUUUUUGUAUGAACCAGGAUUCUGAUUACUUUACCUUAUUAUUUUUUUUCCAAAGGUUUUUAUUUUGCAUUUAUAACAUAUAAUCAACAAUAAACAGAACAGCAUUGGUUCUA